ACAGGCUUCAUUUGGUGCGCUUUGAGUCCCGUGCGAAGUCCUUGAUAACUUUGCCCCCUUAAGCGGAAGCCUUGGUCUUGUGUUAAGGUCGCUAUGAGUGGAGCAUCGGGGAAUGGGGCAAACCCUGCUGUACAGCAACCUUACAUCCCCACCGAUGCUGAGCAAGCGGAGCACUUACAAAACUUGAUUAGAAAAUUGAAAGACUUUUGGGUAGAGCAAUUGGCAGAAAUGGAGACGUUGAGUCUCGCAUCUGAACAGGACUUCAAAAAUUACAUUGAUCUGCCCUUGGCGCGGAUCAAACGCAUCAUGAAAAGCGACGAAGACGUGCACAUGAUCAGUGCGGAGGUGCUGGUGCUCUUUGCAAAGGCUUGUGAGAUGUUUAUCCUUGAGCUGACGAUUCGCUCCUGGUGCUACAGUGAACGAAGCAAGCGUCGUACGGUA